GUCCGAAAAAUCAUGUUGCACGCGCGCGUAGCCACCAGCGAGAUGUGAUCGAGCGGUGAGGUGGGAUGUCGCUCGGUCCCUGUACGGAGCAAAACAGGAUAGAAACCUUGGAAGUGUUGGUUGAUGGGCUUGCAUGGCUUGCGCUUUAUCAAUAUUCGGCGAGAAAGGCCACUGCGGAUGCAAGACACCGCAUCCGCACAAGAUCGGCCUGUGAGUCUGCCUCUCUCACUCUACUUCACUCCCGCCCAACUCUAGUGGUGACACCGCCCCCAAUGCAAACCACCACCAUCGUCGCUGCCAUGGUGCCGAAAUGGUCCAAACCCGGAACAGUGGGUCGGUUGUGGCUUAGCCGCUAUCUAGACGCGAGUUGUGGGAGCAAUGGUAAGUGGCCGUAUAGAGCCUAGUCAAUCGAGACCAACAAUGCUAGACACACCAUCACGGGCGAAAUUGGAUCCUUUGCCGACCUGACUAUCGGUCUUGAAAGAAUGGCUGUCCUUUCAACGGUUCGGUCAGGGAUCGUCGGGCAUGGACGUGCUGAUGCGCUUUUGAUGGUUUCCCUUGCGGAGGAUUUGCCCGUUACUGUUCAUGUCCGCCUGGGCAGGGAUGGGAAG